AUGUGCGACUUUUCAGAAUACAGGGGCAGUAGCGACGAGUGGCUAGCCAUCGAGCCCACUCUGCCAAAGAAUGCUACGCCAUCCUCCGUUGACGAAAUUGUUAGUCUGCGAAAUGCUGUCAACAGAGGCCGUGAGGAGGAGGCAGCCAAAGUUAUGGGGAGUUUGGGCGAUUCCAUCGUGACGGACGACUUCAGUAUUCCAACGCAGGACGGCCAGCAGAUCAGGGCAAGGACAUACAAAGCCCGUCACGUCUCCGAGGCAUUACCGGUAUAUGUACAUUUGCACGGGGGCGGUUUCCUUUUCGGAUCACUAUCAUCAGAAGAUGCAACCUGUGCACGGAUUGCACUGGACGCUCAGGUGCUGGUGUUGAAUGUCUGUUAUCGCCAUACCCCGGAACAUACCUAUCCCACGGCCUGGAACGAUGUUGAAGAUGCUUUCAAAUGGCUCGAGGACAAUGUGAGCGCCAUUGGGGGGGAUCCGCACCAGGUCGUCCUCGGCGGCAUAUCUGCCGGUGCGUGGCUGACGGCCUCACACUUGUUGAAUACCACCCAGCCUAUCACCCUAAACAUCAGAGGACAGGUGCUCAUGAUACCUUCACUUGUAUAUUAUGAGUGCUAUGCUCCACAGAAGGCGCAGCUUCUAUCUCCAGAGGUCUCAUCAUAUGUCCAGAAUAAGGACGCGCCGAUCCUCCCGGCCGACAGAAUGAUUUUAUUCUCAGAUCUUCUAAAAGUGGCGAACCCAAAGGAAGACGACCUGCGCCUGAACCCAGGAAAUGCGUCCAGUAGUCAAGUCCAGCACCUUCCUCCAACGGUGUUUGGAGUUGCUGGCAUGGACAUGCUGAGAGAUGAGGCUCUGCUAUACGCAAAGCUGCUCCACGAAGCUGGGUACGUGUGA